AUGGGAAUGGCUCAAAAAUACUUUGGAAAAGAAGAACAAUAUGCCUUGCGGAGAAUCGAAUUGGCACUUGAUUUAAGCAGCCUUCCAUUUGGCGAUGGUGGCCUUUGGGCUCUUUCCGUUUUGAACAUCGUUGCGUCCAUCCUGGGUGAUGGUGGUUCCAUCCUCCUUGACGAUGAUGAGAGCUGGGAUUCCAGAAACUCCGUACUUGGUUGA